CAGUGAGUGAUUCAGUGAGUUAUGCAACGAAAUUAAUAAUUUUAAUUUUAUAGUUAAACUUCAGGAAAGCGAAAAAUGUAUUUGAGAUUAUUUAUAUCGUUCAUUUUCUGGAGCAAUGUGACAUUAGCGGGAAAUUUGUCGAAAAAAGAUUUAAAAUAUCUUCUUGAAGUGUUGAGAAGACAUAAUAGGCUUCUUGAUAAUGAUAAAUUAGACGUACCUCAAUCUAUAGAACAUCCACGAGCUGAACCCAUAAAACCUGGGCAUUCGUUACUACAACCAAACUUAGAAACGCUGAAAUCAGCUGCUAAGUAUCCUCAAAAAGACGUAAGUGGAACUGCUGUUUAUGGAAAUUUGAAGAAUCUUGGAAUAUCAUAUGGAAAUUUGAAAGAGCGCGUGCUUUCUACUGGCUUCAGGAAGUCCAACGAUUUACUGGAAAUGCAGACAAGGAGGAAACAUCGCAAGAAAAAGAAAAAGAGCAAAUUCAGAAAUCGUAACGGAGGCGACUCGAGUUCCAGCGAUAGCUCUUCCUCAUCCAGAUCUUCAGACUUCGAAAGGAAUCCAGGCAAUCCGUAUACAGUCCACAAGGAUAAAUACCAACAUAACUGGCUUUGGAAUCAUUUUAUGGACGGCGAUCAUAUGAACGUGAAUCCUUAUGCACCGCAAUUUAGCAGUUCUGGUCCUUCAGGAGCUGCAUUAUUUUUUGGUCGGAAAUGGUGGUACUAUAAUCAGGACGACUACAAACCAUUAAAAUAA